AAAUCUCCAUUGUUGUUUUUCUUGGGAAAAUCUGCCAAAGAAAGAAGGUUUUGCCUUCGAUCAUUGAGAUGGAUCCAUCAAACGUUCAAGAAGUGGAGAAGCUCGAAGAAAUAGAUCCAGAUCUCUCACUAACGCAAGACGAUGCAGAGGAACCUAUAGGGAAGCUAAACGCCACCUGUGUUUCAGCUCUUGCUAUGAUACUCAAGUCUAUAUGGAACAUUAACGUUUUCGCAAGCUCCAGAGAAGAUGAAUCUGUUUUUCAUGAGUUCCUUCUCAACGAUCUAAGUCUCAAGCAUCCUCUGGAAGCAAAUGGUGUUUUUGACCUGUUUCUAAACAUCUUGGAGGCUCUGCCUAACUGGGGUUUGUACUUUGAAGUAUACGAAGUGGCUAAAAAGAUUUGCAAUAGAUGCAAACUGGAUUUGGAAUAUCCUGCUGAACGUUCUUUUCGUCUUAUCAUCAGUGCUAGUUCACUUAGAGAAGUCAAGGCAAUCUGCAUUCAAGGAUUUUACAUUUGA